AUGGCAUCCGAAGGAAUUACCGAAAUCGACUCUGGUUUGAUUGAAUCAAACUAUGAUAACGUUGUUUACAAAUUUGAUGAUUUAAACUUAAAGCCAUCUAUUGUUAGAGGUAUUUUUGGUUACGGUUACGAAACCCCCUCAGCCAUUCAACAAAGAGCUAUUUUGCCAAUUACUGAAGGAAGAGAUGUUUUAGCACAAGCUCAAUCAGGUACGGGAAAGACAGCUACUUUCACCAUCUCUGCUUUGCAAAGAAUCGACGAAGAGGAAAAAGCAACCCAGGCUUUGAUCUUGGCUCCAACAAGAGAGUUGGCUUUGCAAAUCAAAAACGUUAUUUCAUCGAUUGGAUUAUACUUGAAUGUAACAGUCCACGCAUCAAUUGGUGGUACUUCCAUGAGCGAUGAUAUUGAGGCAUUCAAGUCCGGUGUUCAGAUUGUUGUUGGUACUCCUGGUAGAGUUUAUGACAUGAUUGAAAGAAGAUACUUCAAAACCGAAAAAGUCAAGAUGUUCAUUUUGGAUGAAGCUGAUGAAAUGUUGUCAUCUGGUUUCAAGGAACAAAUUUACAACAUUUUCAGAUUGUUGCCAGAAACCACUCAAGUAGUCUUGUUAUCAGCUACCAUGCCUCAAGAUGUCUUGGAAGUUACUACAAAAUUCAUGAAUAACCCAGUGAGAAUCUUGGUCAAGAAGGAUGAAUUGACUUUGGAAGGUAUCAAACAAUUUUAUAUCAAUGUUGAAGUUGAAGAUUACAAGUUUGAUUGUUUGGUUGACUUGUACGAUUCCAUCUCAGUUACUCAGGCUGUUAUCUUUUGUAACACCAGAUCUAAGGUUGAAUUUUUAACAAACAAAUUAAGAGAACAAAACUUUACCGUUUCUGCUAUCCAUGCAGAUUUACCACAAGUUGAAAGAGACACUAUUAUGAAAGAGUUUAGAUCUGGAUCCUCAAGAAUUUUGAUCUCCACCGAUUUAUUGGCCAGAGGUAUCGAUGUUCAACAAGUUUCUUUGGUUAUCAAUUACGACCUUCCAUCUAAUAAGGAAAACUAUAUUCACAGAAUUGGUAGAGGUGGUCGUUUUGGUAGAAAGGGUGUUGCUAUUAACUUUGUCACAGAAAAGGAUGUUGGAAUGAUGAGAGAAAUUGAGAAAUUCUACUCUACUCAAAUCACCGAGAUGCCUGCUGACAUUGGUUCACUUUUCGCUUAA